AUGAACUUUCCAAGUCACUUCCAGCAUAUUUUCAAGCAGCUCAACCACCAGCGCCUCCAAGCUCAGCUGUGUGACUGUGUAGUGGUGGUUGGAGGUCAGACCUUUCAGGCUCACCGCUCCAUCCUGGCAGCAUGCAGUUCUCACUUCAGGGCUCUCCUCACCUCCAGCGACACUGCAGAUGAGGCUGGAGGUUCAGGGGCUGACAGGUGUCGAGAUGGUCCCAAUGUGAUAGAGCUCGAUCCGGAGGUGGUGACCCCAGAGUCUUUCUCCACCCUGCUCGAUAUGAUUUACACCUCCACUCUGUCCCUAGGGACCUCCAAUGUGAUGGAUGUGUUACUGGCGGCAUCGCACCUGCACCUCAACGCCGUGGUCAAGGCCUGCAAGAUACACCUGUCCAGGAAAAACUUCCCUGCCUCUGCGCCUAAAGGUUGGAGGUCUGUGCAGCAGCAGGAGCAGGAAAGUCCAUCUUCCCAGGUAGCAGGCAGUUCACAGCAACGGGUCAGAUCAGGCCUGGAAGAGGACCUCGAUAAAGAGGAAAUGGGAGAGGAGGUGAGUCAGUCUGGUGGGGAUGAAGACUGUGUGGUGAUAGUGGGGCAUAAGAGAAAGCUGCAUGAGGACAGGCUCAGUGACAAGAAGAGAACCUGCAGACUUCCUGGAUCAAACUAUAAGGAGUGUUCGCCUAUUGUUACCAGGAGCUGUGUGAGCCAUGAGGAGAGAGGAGAAGCUCCGUUGUUUUCAGGUUGCCUGCAGAUCACUGACACACUCUGGGAAAACCAAGGUGAUGAUGAGGAGAAGAAGUACAAAGCACCCAAAGGAGAAUUAGAGGAAAUCCAGCUGCCGAGCCAGUCGGAUAGCAGCAUAGCAGGUGUGUGGGAGAAGUGUGAACAUACAGAUGGAGACAGUGUGGUCAAGGUAAAGGUGGGAGAGGAAGAGGGAGACAAACCUCAGAUGGCAGUGAUUGAGGUGAAAAAAGAAAAUCUAAGCUCAUAUUCUCCAGAUUUGUUAACCAGUAAUUCUCCUCCGUCUCCACUGGAAGCCUGCACAGAUAAUUUGAAUGCACAAUUCAGUGGCGAGAAGAUGGUUGCAGCCAGCCCAGCAACAUGUAAUGUUGGCUCUUUACAGUCAGAGCUGUGCACAGAUCUUCGCACCGAGGAGCAGGGAGAAACUGGAGAUUUGGAUGAGGACUCGGCAGAUGGUGAGGGCCUGGACAGCCUGUCAGACCUGGCCUUUUCCUGCUUCCUCAAUCCCGGCACUGACAGUGUCAUGGGAGCUCUGGAAGAAGAUGACAGUCUAGCCAGCCUCACAGCUGCUGCCACAGCUGCUGCCGCCGCCGCCAGCGAAGCUCCUCCAGCUCUGGUAGAUGCAGGUGAGCACGAUCAAAAGUCAGACGAGGCAAACACCUCUACUGCUCAGUCUUCAGACUCUUCAUCUUCACUUAUCUUUCCGGUCACCUCGGUCCCCUUGCAGCAGCUUCUCCCAACUCAGAGUCCAGGAUUUAGUGACACCAUCAUCCUCCAGCCCACCCAGAGCUCUCUAACAGGGUUCCUGAGCACCGUCAGAUCACCACUCAGUGCGGGAGCCCCUGUCGUCCAACCCUCGAGGGCAGGGAAAAGCUCAGGAGCAACAACCUUCCGUCGAAUCGCCCCCAAAACGCAACCUGGAUCAGAAGCCGGCACAGAGCUUUCCCAUGGCUCUGGGGGGGACGUCGCCGAUCGGCCACCUCUGACAAGAGCUUCAGAGGAUGUUCUCUCCAAGUGCAAGAAAGCAGCUGCUGAGGACCACGUGCUACUGGUGGAAGGGGAGAAAAAAUAUGCCUGCAAAAUCUGCUGUAAAACCUUCAUGAACUUGACUGACUGCAAGAAGCAUAUUCGUGUCCACACAGGAGAAAAGCCCUACCCCUGUCCCAAGUGUGGCAAGCGCUUCAGCCAGUCCUCCCACCUGUAUAAGCACUCGAAGAACACCUGCUUAAACUGGAAAGAUGACCAGUCUUUGGCAGGCACUUUGCUCUAA